CCGCCAUUUUCUGUAAAGAAAAUUGAAGCGAGUGGGGAAGCUCGUAUAUUCUUGUUAUUCUGUGGAAUAUUGUUGCUAAAAUAACUGAUUUACCAUCUAUUAUUAGAAGCUAUCCAAAAAUAACAUGUCCGACCGAAAGCGUUUACUGGACGAACUAAGAGUAAUAGAUUUGCGUGCAGAGUUGGAGAAGCGUAACCUAGAUAAGAGUGGUGUACGCGGUGUACUCAUUACGCGUUUAUCAAAGCAUUUAAAGGAAGAGGGUCAUGAUCCUGAAACAUUCAAAUUUGACCUGAGUACACCUGAGGGCAAAACUCCAUCGAAGAGGACGCGACGUUCAGAGAGCACGGUGGAACAAGAGGCUGAAGAAACGCCCGCCAUGGAAGAUAUGAUUGUUCAAGAUGACGCAGGAGAGGAGGAUGACUCUGAAACGCAAGAUAACCAUACAAAGGCUGCUACCGAGGAGAAGACACAGGAAACUAUGGACGUUGAUGGGACAGAAAAAAUCAACAGGAAACGUGAAAAUAAUGAAGAACCUGAAACAUCUCCACCCAAAAAACCCUGCACAGACAAUAUACAAAAUGAGGAAGAAGAUCAAAAAGCUGAAAACAAUUUGGAGGAGGAUAGCAUAAAUUUGGACCUUGGCGAAGAUGAACUGCUGAAUGAAGAGACGGAUUCUACUGCAAAGCUCAAAAAAGAUGACGGCGCGAGUGAGGAGCCCACACCGAGCGACGAGGCUGCACCAGCGCCUGCUGCCGCUCCGAGCGACGCCGCCGUCGAUGACCAACAAGUAAACUCCGAAGCCGCCGCCACUAGCAAUGACUGCAAUAAAUCGGAUAAGGAAGCUAAAGAGGGUCAGGACAAGGAUGGCGAGGGUGACAAAAAGGAGAAGAAGGACGAUGGCAAAGAGGGCGGCGCGCGCAACCUGUGGGUCAGCGGCCUGUCGGGCGACACGCGCGCCAAGGACCUCAAGCAACUCUGCAGCAAGCAUGGGAAGGUAAUUGGAGCAAAAGUAGUUACAAAUGCUCGGACCCCAGGCUCGCGUUGCUACGGCUACGUCACUAUGGCUAGUGCCCAGGACGCUGAAAACUGUAUCAAGAACUUGCAUAGAACUGAGUUGCAUGGACGAAUGAUCUCUGUCGAAAAGGCUAAGUCUGAAUCAGAAUCAUCGUCUCGGAGGCAGCCGACAAGACCGGACCGCAGAUCGAGCAACGAUCGUAAAGAUGACUCGAAAGAUAAGGAAAACGAGGAUGGCAAGGAAGGCAACGAAAAGAGCACUGAAAAAGUAAGGAAAGAGGGAGAGGUGUCAGGUGAAGAGAGCACCAAAUCAGAAACGCGCGACAAGGCAGACCAAAAAGACAAAGACAAAGCCAAACGCAGCACCAGAAGUCGAGAAAGAAGAAGGUCACCAAGAGAAGUCCUCUCAUUUUCCAAGAUAUGGAAAGAGCGCGACGUGGCGCGUGCGCGCGAAAGGUCCCGCGCGGCACGCGAGGAGGAGCGGCGGCGGCGCGCGGCCGAGGACGCGCUGCGCGAGCGCGAGCGCCGCCAGCGCCAGGAGAAGCACCGCCUCGAGCUGGAGCGCGAGAAGUUGCGCGCCGAGAGGGAAAAGAUUGAGCGUGAGAAGAACGAGUUGCUGCGGCUCGAGCGCGAGCGGCACCGGCUGGAGCGCGAGAAACUUGAACUUGAACGACUCGAGCUCAAACGCGCGCAACUGCGCCUGGAGGAGGAGCGUCGCAAGCGCGGCUACGAGAGUAGCGCUGCCUACCGUAAGACGGCCGCCAGCCCGCCGCCCGACAACUACGAGCGCGAGCCGCGCCACAAGCGGCCGCCGCCGCCGCCCAUGUCAUCAAGCCGAGGCCAGUUCGAGGCGCCGCCGCCGCCGCGGUUCGAGAUGCCGGCGAGCUACGACCGCUCCGACAAGCGCGAUCGCGACCGCGACUACAAGCGGGACUACCCGAGACACGUCGCCGCCGGCAGCAUGAAGUACCCGAACGGCAGCUCGGAGGAGGCGCGGCAGCCGCUGCCGCCGGGCACGCGCGCCAAGGAGCCGGCGCGCUACGAGGCGCGCGAGCGCUACCGGCCCUCGCCGCCCGCCAAGCCCGACGCGCGCGCCUGGCCGCACCAGCACGCCCACGCCCACGCCGCCACGCGCUACCCCGACCCGCAGCCGCCCGCCAAAGGCGGCAGCAGCAGCGGAGGCGGCGGCGGCGGCAGCGGCGAGGCGUGGUCGGGCGAGGCGCGCUACGGCGCCUACGAGCAGCGCUACCCGCCCGCCUACCAGCCGCCCCCGCCCGGCGCCGCCUACCCCGACCGCUACGCGCAGCCGGCCCGCGACUACCGCAAGUACUGAACCCUCCACGGUAAAGGACAUUCUUUGAAGCAGACAGUUUAAUUUAGCAACAUCCAACUUCUUCAUGGGAGAUAAAUAUAACAAACGAUUAUUUACGUAAUCGCAUUGACGUAUAUAUCUCAGGACUGGCCUUACGGGCAAUAAGAAUGGGGCCAGUGUGUGACACCGCUACAACGCGAUUGGUUGAUGAGUUCGCAUCACGCACGCGAUUGGUUGACGAGUCCGCAUCACGCGCGCGUUUGGUCGCAACUAGUUGCGUUAGGCUGCACGAUUGGCUCGAAUUCGUGAGUGACACCGCUGAACUAGUACCAUUUUUAGUGCCCGUAAGGCCAGUCUUUAGUUUAGAUAUAAUACGUCAAUGCGUAAUCGGCUCAAAAUACUAUAUUGUGGACUUGAACUUGUGAAUGUGUUAAUAAUUGAAGGGAUGUUUACAAAAACAACAUAACUGACUACACUGGUUGACACCUGAAACGAUUAACAAUGUUCUUAAAAAAGUGUCAACCGCUCUAAGCAGUUAUGUUGUUUUUGUAAACACCCCUUCAAUUGUUUUCAAUGGUAGAUAUGGAAAUCUUUUUAUAAUUUAUACAAGCCGCUUAGUUAUGAUGCUAUGCUUCGAAAAACUGCGGUGAUUCUGACAAGUGUAAGGACCAAGAUGUUGAAUUAAAACGUUUAUAUGAGUGUUUUCUCAAAGUACAAAAAUGUGCAUCCUGCAAUUUCAUGUCGGACUUAAAAGUACUGAAUUUGAUUAAAGUUGUUUGCAAACGUAUCAGUAAAUAAUAAAAUAGGUAUGUAUGGGGUGCUUGGUGGUGAUGCCAGAAAUCUUGACUGUAUAUCAUUUACACUAAUUAUCUGUGUUACAGAGAAUUUAAGUAUUUUAAACUUGUAUAUAUUAUGUAAAAUGAAAAAUAAUAAAGUAAAACAACAAGA